CAUCCCCCCCCAGCAUCUCUCCGGGACACCCCGCCGGGCGACCCCACCCUCCCGCGCCAGCCGAACUCGGGCGGAAACAUGGUCUGUUGCACGUGAGAGCGAGCUCCCCUCCGGAAGCCGGGAAAACUUAGGUUUAUUUUAUUUUUUCCUUUCCUCCUCCUUUCCCCUCUCCCCCAUUAAAAAAAAAAGUUCUAUUUUGCGGGUGGGCUGGGGUGGUGGGCCUGCCUUUCCCCUCCUCCCCCUCCCUCCCCCCAAGCAGUAGCAACACAACUGUUAGCUUCCUCCCUCCCCACCCCGCCCCCACCCCUCCGGUCCCCUCCACUGGACCCUGCCCGUCUCCCACCCGGGCGGGAAUUGCAUUUUUUUUCUUUUUUUUCUUUUUUAAAUCCCACCGUGCCAAAUGAGUUGAGAACCCGAGCGAGCCAGUGUCCGCCCGGGUGCGAGUGAGUCGCGGCCGCGGAAAGGCGGAGAGACAGGGUGGGGGUGGGGACCUGGCAGGACCCGGAGUUGGGGCAGCGGCGGCUUGCACCGGCCGGUGGUCCCCGGGCGCUGCCUGGGACUCGGGAGAGGAAGAAGGACCUUGACGCCCUUUUUUUUGUUUUGUUUUUGGCCUCGGCCAUGCCCAACGCGGGGGUCAGAUAAACUCGCACUCGCCCCUCCGCGUCUCGGAGCGCGGCAGACCCGCAGGGAGGCUCCUGGGGUGGGGGGGAUGUAGGACGCGUCGGCGGCGCUGCGGGUGCUGGGAGUCCCCCCGGGCAUCCGGCAGGUCUGCACCGCAGAGCCCCGAGUCCUUCCACCGUCUCCGGGAAAAGAGAUCCCAGGAACACCCUCCUUUCCCUGGGCCAUCAUGAUUCUCCUUGGCAGCAGCGUCAGCAGCCGCCUGAGGGUGAAAAUGUGGGUGAUGGGGAAGCCGGUCGUGACUCCGCUGUUUUUCCUCCUGGCUCCCGUGGGCACCAGCUGCCCGCCCCCGGUAUACACUGUAGCUGAUUGCAGGGAAACCCUGGACCUCGCCCCGUCCUUCUCGACCGGUUUUGCACUUUUCUCUCUGCUCACCACCAAGGGUAAUCAAUAACAAGCACUGACGAUACAAUAGCAAUAGUGAAAUCUGAAAUAUAACUAAGAAUUAAUUAGGUACUACAGCCAUGGCUCUGGCUGGGUAAAAUCCAAUUGGAUAUUUCAGUUUCAUUCACCUACCCUGAUUUUUCUUUUUUUUUUUAUUUUCCGCCUCCCUGAACUUUUUUGGGAGGGGGGUGGUUGUGGUUCUUUUUUUUUUUUUUCCUGUUAAUUGGAAAGCAAGGAUCACACUUUCCCCACCCCUACCCCUUUCCUUUUCGCAAUUCCUCUUUUAAAAGAGGGGGAAGUAAUAGGGUGGAUUUUAAGGGUCGGAUUGGCGUCAGCUGUGUUGUAUUGCGCACCUACAUCCUGAUAAUAGGCUUCCCACCUUCCAUUCCCCCUCCAAUAGCUUUACUUUGGCAGUUAAGCCGAACGUGUUUUCCGAAAAAUUAGUUCAGGUAUACUUUUCUCCUUUCUGUCUCUUUUGCCCAUCAGACCCCAAAUGUUAUUGUCCAAACAUGAGUGGACAGCAGCUUUUGUUUCUUGACCCUGUAAUAUGACAGUCUGCUAAUAUUGCCAGAAGGUGCAGUUUUGGGGUUUCAGUCGUGAUUUUUAGCUACUCAAUCAUAUUAGCAGGAAAAAAAAAUGACUUGUUUCUGUUGUACUUGAGUCUUAAGAAAAAGUGCCCAUAGUUUAGUGACAAUUUCCAAAGGCUUUAGUACCACCUGUAUUUCAAAAUGGGGGACCCAAACUCCCGGAAGAAACAAGCUCUGAACAGACUACGUGCUCAGCUUAGGAAGAAAAAAGAAUCUCUAGCUGACCAGUUUGACUUCAAGAUGUAUGUUGCCUUUGUAUUCAAGGAGAAGAAGAAAAAAUCAGCACUUUUUGAAGUGUCUGAGGUUAUACCAGUCAUGACAAAUAAUUAUGAAGAAAAUAUCCUGAAAGGUGUGCGAGAUUCCAGCUAUUCCUUGGAAAGUUCCAUAGAGCUUUUACAGAAGGAUGUGGUACAGCUUCAUGCUCCUCGAUACCAGUCUAUGAGAAGGGAUGUAAUCGGCUGUACUCAGGAGAUGGAUUUCAUUCUGUGGCCUCGGAAUGAUAUUGAAAAAAUUGUCUGUCUCCUGUUUUCUAGAUGGAAGGAAUCUGAUGAGCCUUUUAGGCCUGUUCAGGCCAAAUUUGAGUUUCAUCACGGUGACUAUGAAAAACAGUUUCUGCAUGUACUGAGCCGCAAGGAUAAGACUGGAAUUGUUGUCAACAAUCCCAACCAGUCAGUGUUUCUCUUUAUCGACCGACAGCACUUGCAGACUCCAAAAAAUAAAGCUACAAUCUUCAAGUUAUGCAGCAUCUGCCUCUACCUGCCACAGGAACAGCUCACCCACUGGGCGCUUGGCACCGUAGAGGAUCACCUUCAUCCUUACAUGCCAGAGUAGAUCUGGGCCAGCACGGUGGAGAAGAUCAGAGUGCAGCAGGAGAUCCUGUCUUGUUUUCUUACCACUUUAUUCUUUCAGAGAUUAAGAAAAUGGACUCAUGCACAGAACACUAUGCAUUUUGAAACUUGUUCAUCCUGGAUUAUUUUUUUAAUCAUUUGUAUCUCAGAACUUAAAAAAAAAUUAGCUGUCUUCUGCACGGACUGUGUGAAAGAAGAUGCUUUGCAUACUUGCUGCACUGCAUCAGCAUCUUACUAAAAAUGUGAAAUGAAAGGACUAUUGUACACUGAAAUGCUUAAAUGUAUCUGAAAGCACAAGGUGAUACUCAUUUUUGAUGGUCUUUCCAUUCGCGCUGGUUUUUGCCUCUUUGACAUCUGUCAUCAGUAUUUAGAGGGUGAGAAGUACAUGUAACAGUAUAAAUAAUUUUUACAAAGCAAUAGCUUUGCUAUAAUCACCGUUGAUCCAGAACACUGUCAGAUUCACUCUAAUGACCAGAAGUGGUUGUUCUAAAAAGAAAACAACCACGGGAAAGAAAUCUUAAAUGAAAAAAAGCAUCUCAUUGCAGGCAUUCUUGCCUCAUUUUACUGGGCCAUGUUUGUUUCCUGGUACUCAUGAAUAUGUAUUUUAUUUCCAAAUCUUUCCCCAAGUUGCUGUUUAAAGAGUAUUCUGCUGAGUUUGGAUACAGUAAUAUACAUUAAAGCAGAUCUGGAGUCUGAAGUAGCUAAAGCAGCUAUAAAACUGAGAAAUACAUUCAUAGCUGCAGAAACCAUGGUAGGUAAAGGACUUUUCCUUUUAGGUUUUUCUUUUAUUCUUUGUUUAAGGAGAAGGGAUUUUUGCUAAAAAGAAAAAUUGUGCAGAAGUACUGAUUUCUACACAACCUAAAGGAAAAUGUAUUGAAGGGUUUUUGGAGUAGAUAAGUUAUUAAAAGUUGGAAUCUUAAAUUGUAAAAACAGCCAUGAGUGUUGAAGGUCGAAAAACAACUCAUUUUGUGCAAUGAACACGAGGAAAGACUACUGUAUAGUUUUUUGUUUUUUUGUUUGUUUGUUUUUUGUUUUAUCUUUGAAAUGAAGAAAAGCUUUGCUUAAGGGUUGCAUACUUUUAUGGAGUAAAUCUGAGUGACUCCUUUGGAGUAAAACUUAGUGCUUCUCAGUUUCCAAUUGUAUUUAGCUUCUGGUUGGAAUUUGACAAAAUGAAAACCUAAAUAAAAUAGGUGAAAGUUCCCUGACUAUUCAGGUGAAUACACAAAA